AUGAGUACCAGCGACGGUGAUCAGCCCUUUCCAAGACAGAUCAAAUCGGUGCUUCCCAAACAACGUUACAACGUGUUGCGCUGGGAUGGUUGGGGGUACAAGGAUACGCGCUUACUAAGGGAUGAGCAAGGGCUGUACUGUUCCGGAAACCGAUAUUUUAAUGCCGGCGAGAAUCACAUGGGAAGCUUUUGGAACAAGUUCAAAACUUGUUUCGAUUUGGAGGAACGACCAGUACAGGUAGCUACAGAGCCAACGGAGUUUCCGGAACCCCUGAAAAAUGAAAACUUUCUAGCCAGUUUGAUAGUGUUCGGUGUGGAUUACUCCGAAAAAGGCUUGGAUCGAUUUGUACGAAGCCAUGGUCAGUGUGUGCAGGAUCUUAUUGCCGUAAAGAGCUUAAGUAUUAAAAGAAUACCAGAUGUGGUGCUAUGGCCAAAUCGUCACGAGCAGGUGGUUAAAAUUGUAGAACUAGCCAUGAAGCAUGAUGUUGUGUUGAUUCCGGUCGGAGGUAACACCUCCGUAUCCGGAGCUGUGCGGACACCGGAAAUCAUGGACCGCACGAUUGCGGUUAUCGAUAUGACUCAGAUGAAUCGGCUAUUGUGGUUAUCCAAAGAAAAUUUGACUGCCUGUUUCGAAUCAGGAGUCGUCGGUCAGGAUAUCGAGCGGGAAUUGCAAAAGGAAGGCUUAACACUGGGACAUCAUCCGGACUCGUACGAGUUUUCUACACUUGGAGGGUGGAUAUCCACGCGAGCCUCUGGUGUGAAGAAAAAUACGUACGGAAAUAUUGAAGAUCUUGUGAUUCGAAUAAAGCUUGUAACCGCAGUAGGUGUUCUGGAGAAGCAAUAUACCGCAGCAAGGGUGUCCUGUGGGCCUGACAUAGAUCACAUGGUUUUUGGUUCGGAGGGUACACUUGGGAUCGUCACGGAGGCUAUUGUUAAAGUUAGGCCAAUUGCCGAAGUAUCAAAAUUCGGAUCGCUGGUAUUUCCUGAUUAUGAAACAGGCGUUCGAUUUGUUCGCGAGAUCGCUGAAAAACGUCUACAACCCGCUAGUAUACGUCUAAUGGAUAAUACUCAGGUGAUGCUAGGAAAAACUCUUACGGAAAAUAAAUGGUAUUCGAGGAUUCUGACGAAAGCUCAGGAUUUUUGUCUUGAAAAGUACUAUCGUUAUUCCAUUAGUGAGAUAGCCGCUUGUGCAAUAAUGUUCGAAGGUGAUGCGAAAACCGUGAGUAGUCAUGAGAAGGAAUUCUAUGGUAUAGCGUCAAAAUACGGUGCAAUUUAUGGCGGAUCGGCAAACAGUGAGAAGUGCUUUCUGAUGAUCUUCAUUGCUGCUUACAUUCGGGAUUUUGGAUUGGAUCACAAUGUAAUUUGCGAUUCAUUUGAGACCUCUGUUUCGUGGGAUAAAAGUAUUCAAAUAUGCCAUAAUGUUAAAAGUGCAGUUCAUGCUGAAUGUAAGCGACGCUCGAAGCUCCUUACGAAUCCAUUACUCAGCUACCGUCUAACUCAGAGCUACGACACUGGAUGCUGCAUUUAUUUCUACUUAUCGUGUAAAAUGAACGGUUCGUUAGAACGCUCCCUCCAGGCGUAUAUGGAAGUUGAAGAUGCUGCCAGAGAGGAAAUUUUAGCCAACGGAGGAACGGUCUCGCAUCAUCAUGGCAUUGGAAAGAUUCGCAGCAAGUGGUUCCCUACUACCAGUACCAAAGCUGGGAUGGGACUUCUGAAAGCAGUCAAAAAAGAACUGGAUCCGAAUAAUAUAUUUGCGGUAGGCAACUUGUUUCCAGAUUGAUAAGCGUACAGCUGUGAUUCAUAGGCUUUCUGCACGUUUAUACUGUAAACGCUAAAACCAAGAAGUAAACAAUUUACUAUAAACAGAUAGGCAAGUCACAUUUUUGUGACGCAACUAUUUAUGACUGUUUUCAUUUUAGUCAGGUGGCAGAAUUGCAACAUGACA